UCCUGCCCUGCACACCUGGCAGGGGAGGCUGGCCCCGGGCGCUGGCCGCCCUGCCAGAGUCAACAAGUCUGGGGCUGUCCUCUGCCCAAUGGGGCGCACAGAAUGGACCUCUCCCCGGAGAGCGGGGCUGAGGCCGCCCGGAGUGUGGGCGGGGGUGGGCCUGGGGCUACCUGCACCGAGGACGGACCAGAGGAGACGGGCCAGACGCCCUCAUUUCCCACCCCCCGCGCACACUCUUGAGGUGCCUGGCGGAUGGGAAUUCUACCCAGAACAGCAGCCUGGCCGACCUGCCCCCCGGGCAGUGGUACCCAUCCCCCACCGCCUCCCCCCUUUACGUUCAUAGCACCCAAGGGUGUCACACACCGGGACUCUGCCCAGGCCCCGCUGCCUGCUUCAGAGCUGUAAACUGAGGCUGGGGUGAGACCCAAGUGGGAGGAGAAAGGGUCUUCUCGCUUAAAACAACCACCGGUGGGUGGGGGCUCCUCCACCUCUGGAGGAUCCUGUGAAGACACCCCAUCUGGCCCCUGCCCCGCCCCCCAGCCUAGAAGGCUGAGCUCUUUGUUCCCUGGCCUGCCUCUGGACUCCCCACAUGCUGUUCCCUGCCUAGGCUGCCCCACCUCUGGCCCACUCCCCACUCUCCUCCCUCUUGGGCACCCGGGAGCCAGCCGCUUGGCCUCUGAGUGGUUCCUCGCUGUGCCCCCAGCCCCCAGAGGACCCCUGGACGCUUCUUCUGGCCCCGUGCCGUUUACUCCUGUUCAGCACACUUUUGCCCGGGUCCCUCUGGAUCCCUCUGUGGGGCACUGGCUCUGCCCAGUACAGAGCCUGGCAGACGCUUCCCGAAUGAAUUGGUUAUUCAGGCUGGGCAAGGCGGGCAGGGGAUUGGCCCUGUCCUGCCCUCAAGAAGCUCCUGGGCCCAUCCUGGAGGUUCCCCCCCUGCAGACUCACCCCCAACUGAGACAUACUCCCCUUCCCCCCCACCCCGCCCCCGUUGGCCUGGCCUCUGGGGGCGGCAGUGGGCAGAGUCCCCAACUGGUGAAGGACAGGGAGGAAGCCUUCCCAGGAAAAGCGGCUUGAAGACCUGAGGAGGAGAGAGGACUGGCCCCCAGCAGACAAAAGGACGCAUGGCUCUGGUCGCCCAGGCGGAACCCCUAGAGGGGCAGCCUGCUGGACCAUCUGGGUUCCCUUCUGUCUCGUCCUGAACCCCCUUGUCCCGGGCACCGUUCGGUGGUUGUCUCCCCCGCCCCCCCCCAUCACCCUGUCGGGACUCCUUGUCAGGCAGCCGCAGGGAGCCUCCCACCACCCAGGGGACAGGAGGGGAGCCCCAGAGCCUGCAGCACAAACCACGGCUUUCAAAAGCCCUACCCUCCCUCCAUGUGACCUGGGGCGAGGGACUUCAUCUCUCUGGGCCUCCGUUUCCUCGUCUGUCAUGGCCUCACGGCUGCCCCCCGGGGAAGUGGUGAGGAAGAAGGGCUGACUACAGGGAAAGCGCAUAAACCACGCGCGGCUCCCGGUAGGGCGCUACGUGCGGGCAGCAUCCAGGGCGGCCUGGUUAAGUGGGUCAGCCGGUGCCCACAGGUGCUCACUGCCGUCAUUACCGAGUGCCAGGUUCUGUGCUCAGCGGACUCCUCCUGACAACCACGGGAGGUUGGCUGUCACUGGCCCACUCAGCAAUGAGGAAGGUGAGGCUCAGAGAGGUGAAGUCACUUGCCCAAGACCACACAGCGGGGCCCUGGAGGAACUGGCAUCUGAACCCGGGACUGUGGCCUUCUCUCAGUUCCCGACUCUCAACCCCUGGGCCGGCUUCCUUCCCCGGGCAGAGUCUGCCGAUCCCCCAGGAGGACAGCCCCCAGUCCUCGAGAGCAGAGAGCACCGGGGCAGGGCGGGCACUCCAGGGGAAGGGGCGGGGGCAGGGCGGGCAAACCGGUCGGGCGGCUGGCACCCGGCUCGGGCCCUGUCUCCAGUGGGGCCCGUGCUGACGGGCGGUGAGGCUGGCACAGCAGCUCGGCGGGGCAGGGAGCUGGGGCCUGGAGGCUGCCGUCAGGGCCCCCCGCCGCCAUGCACAAACACUACACCGUCCACUUCGCCAAGGGCGCCCUGCCCUCUCGGACCCCCGCCGAGCGCUACUUCUUGGACCCGGAGUUGGGGCGCCAUAAAGGAUGCUGUCACCAGUGGUGCCGUGACCCGGCGGCCCUUCCAGCCCACGGGCCCUGCCGGCUGCCCCCACAGGUGCGCUGGCAGCUGGCCUACAACAACCGGGGGGGUGUCAGCGGCUGCCCCCCCGGCCCCCGGCCCCCCAGCCCCCUGCGACAGCGGCUCUGCUCCGUUCCAGGGGUCCAGAACGGGCCACCUGCAACCGCUGCUGCCCCCACGCAACCGGCCAGCGCCCCCCAGCCGCCCCCCAGGCCCACCAUGUCACCUGCCACCGCAGCACCUGCCAUGGCCAGCGGCGGCCCGGCCCCGCCCCGUGCAGCCGGCACCCUCCUGGAGCCCAGCAGGCCCAGUGAUGCCCGCCCCCUGCCCGCCCCGGCAGCCUGCGGUUCCUUCACCUACAGCUCGGAUAUUCUGACAGAAGAUGACGUCUACUGCAGCUGCCUGGCCAAGACCCUCUGCCACGUGCCUGUCCCUGUGACCGUGGGUUUCUAUGCCCCCUUUGGCUGCCGUCUGCACAUGAUGCUGGACAAGAUCACCGCGCUGAUGCAGCAGGAGGCGGCGCAGCGCGAGGCCGAGGAGCUGCGGCGCGUGCGGUGGCAGCCGCGGGCGGUGCGCGGCUGGGGCUUCCCGCGGCUGCUGUGGUACCUGGUGUUCCUGCAGCCGGUCAUCACCGAGGUGCACCUGCGGCGCAAGAACGUGAAGUUCCUCUUCAUCCGCUUCAGCGCCUGGCAGUACGCGGGCACCGACAAGCUGUGGGCCGGCCUGGUGACCACGCUGUGCGAGGGCAUCCGCCACCACUACGGCGCGCUGCCCUUCAGCGUGUACUCGGUGCUGGGCAACAAGCCGGCCACGACGCCGGGCUUCUGCCAGCGCGAGUGGCACUGCCGGCGCCGCGUGUGCCUGGCGCUGCUGGCGCUGCUGGCGGCGCUCGGCCUCGGCGUGGGCCUGCUCUACCUGUCGGUGGGCGCCCGCGCGCCGGGCCACGGCGCCGCCGGCGGCAGCCUGCUCCGGGUGUUCGGCGGCGCGGCCACCACGCUGUCGGGCUCGGGGCUGCUCAUGGCCGUGUACUCGGUGGGCAAGCACCUGUUCGUGAGCCAGCGCAAGAAGAUCGAGCGGCUGGUGUCUCGCGAGAAGUUCGGCAGCCAGCUGGGCUUCAUGUGCGAGGUGAAGAAGGAGGUGGAGCUGCUCACCGACUUCCUGUGCUUCCUGGAGAUCUACCAGCGGCGCCGGCUGCGCGUGGUGCUCGAGGUCACCGGGCUGGACACGUGCUACCCGGAGCGCGUGGUGGGCGUGCUCAACGCCAUCAACACGCUGCUGUCCGACAGCCACGCGCCCUUCAUCUUCAUCCUGGUGGUGGACCCCAGCAUCCUGGCCGCGUGCCUCGAGAGCGCCGGCUCCAUGAAGGGCACGGCCGACAACGGCUACCUCUUCCUCAACCGCACGGUCACGCUGCCCUUCUCCGUGCCCGUCAUGGGCCGCCGCACCAAGCUGCAGUUCCUGCACGACGCCGUGCAGAGCCGCGACGACCUGCUCUACCGCGAGAUGACGCGCAGGCUGCGGCCCGGCUGCCGCGGGGGAGGCGGCGAGGUCGCGCAGCUCCUGGCGGUGGAGACGCAGGCGGGCGCGCGGGGCGCGCAGAGCCGCAUAGACGCCGAGGCGGCGCGCCGCAUCCAGGAGGCGCUCUUCUGCCUGCACGACGAGCGCGACUGCCUGUACGAGUACGUGCCCGACAACGUGGUGUCCAUGCGGCGUAUCGUCAACACCGUGCCCAUCACCGUGCGCCUGCUGCAGCAGCAGGACGGGGACUUCGCGGGCCCCACGCCGCGCCAGGCCGUGGCGUGGGUCGUGCUCGCCAACCAGUGGCCGUGCCGCCUCAGCUGGGCGCUGCAGUGCCUGGAGGACCGGCAGCAGGCGGGGGGCGCGCCCGAGGCCCGCGCGCGCCUCUGGGACGUGUUCUGCGACAACAGCCGCGAGCUGCACGCCAUGACCAAGGCGUUGCAGAACGUGCUGGACUUAGACGGCGACCCCGAGCUUUUCGAGCGCUUCCUGGGCGCCGACUUCCCCUUCACCGUGGCCGAGGCGCAGAGCCUGCUGCGCUGCACCGUCAACCUGGACCACUCCAUCCGCCGCCGCAUGGGCCUCAUCCGGGCGGUCAGCGCGCUCAAGCCGCCCAGCGCGCCCGGGUCCCCGGCCCACGCCGCCAACGGAGCCGGCCACGCGCCCGGGGCGUUGGGGGCAGGGCAGGGCGCCGGGCACGCCCCCGGGCACGCCGGCGAGGCCCACCGCCCACGGGACCGGGCGCACGGGGGCAAACCGCGGCCCGGGACGGGCCUCGAGUGGGUGCCCCGGGAGGCAACGGCUCCUCCCGCCGCCCAGAUCGGGGUGUGAGGGGUUCAGCCGGCCCGCGGCCCGUGUCUGGGAUGAGGCCUCCGGUGGCCACCCCGCCCCGCACCCCCAGACGAAGCUGUGAGCCGGAGAGAGCUGUAGGCAGGCGCAGCGUGUCGGAGCCGGCGUCUGAGAGCUGGCGCGGGAGGACCAGUGAAGAAGCAGCCCGGGUUCAAGUGCAAUAAACGGAGAUGUGAAAGCC